AUGCAAGGUUUUCCGCAGUAUCAGAGUCGUCAGAAGAGUUAUGCUGAUGUGAGGAGGCGGGAUCUGGAAUUUGCUGUGGGUGACCAAGUCCUUCUCAGGGUAUCACCCACUAAGGGAGUUGUUCGGUUCGGUGUCUCUAGGAAGCUCAGCCCAAGAUACAUUGGACCGUUCACUAUCUUGUCCCGAGUGGGCAGCCUGGCUUAUCGCUUGCUGCUGCCGGAUUCCAUGGCAGGGGUACACCCGGUUUUUCAUGUCUCUAUGUUGAGGAAGUUCUUGCGGGAUCCGGACCAUCAGAUUGAGAUGGAACCAAUUGCGGUGCAGCAGGAUCUGACUCUGGAGUGCCGUCCGGUGCGUAUAUUGGAAUUCUCGGAGCGUGUGUUGAGGAAGAGAUCAAUUAAGUAUGUCAAGGUCUUAUGGUCUAAUCAGUCAGAGCGCGAGGCUACGUGGGAACUUGAGGAGUUGAUGCGGCAGAAGUACCCGGAA